AGAGGGCGGGGACCUGGUCCAGCCGGGCAUCAGCUUUCCGGGGCCAGCAGAGGAGGAUCUAGACCAGCAGUACUCAUGGUCCCCGACGCAGCACUUCAAUGAGGGAAGGUACUCGCCGGCUCCCAGGAACAUGAAGGGGCUUCCGGGGGGCCGGGCCCCGGCCCCGCUGUGCUCCGCCCACACCUGCGGCCUCGCGGGCCCCGAGGACUGCGAGCGCGCGCACGACCACCUGCACCAUGUGCAGGAGGCCAGGCAGCCCUACCUGCUCAGCCCGGUGGACGGCUGCCCCCUGGACCACCACCGCUGCUCCCCCGGCAGCUCCGUGCACUCGGAGUGCGUGAUGAUGCCCGUGGUGCUGGGCGACCACGUGUCCAGCAGCACCUUCCCCAGGAUGCACUACAGCUCCCACUACGACACGAGAGACGACUGCGCCGUGCCGCACGCCGGCGCCAGGGCCAACCGCAUCCCCGCCAACCUCCUGGACCAGUUCGAGAAGCAGGGGCCUCUGCACAGGGACGGGUUCCACACGCUGCAGUACCAGAGGACGUCCGCGGCCGCGGGGCAGCGCGGCGAGAGCCCGGGCAGGAUACGGCACCUCGUGCACUCCGUGCAGAAACUCUUCACCAAGUCGCACUCGCUCGAGGGCCCCUCCAAGGGCCACGUCAACGGGACCAAGGGCGACGGCCGGGCGGAGGACCACCACCACACCCACCACCCCAAGCACGGCAAGAGGAGUAAAAGCAAGGAGCGGAAGCCCGACGGCAAGCCGCGGUCGGGCGCCAGCAGCUGGUGGAGCUCCGACGACAACCUGGACAGCGACAGCACCUGCCGCACGUCCAGCGUGGUCAACAGGCACCACGUGGACCACGUCUCCCACUGCUACCCCGAGGUGCUCCCGGGCCCCUUCGGGGACCUGUCCCUGAAGACGUCCAAGAGCAACAGCGACGUCAAGUGCUCGGCCUGCGAGGGCCUGACCAUGACGCCCGACACCAAGUACAUGAAGCGGAGCUCCUGGUCCACGCUCACCGUGAGCCAGGCCAAGGAGGCCUACCGCAAGAGCUCGCUGAACCUGGACAAGCCUCUGCUCCCCCAGGACGCCAAGCCCGCCCUGAGGCCGUGCCACUACCUGCAGGUGCCUCAGGACGAGUGGGGGGGGUGCCCCACGGGCGGCAAGGACGAGGAGAUCCCCUGCCGGAGAAUGAGGAGUGGGAGCUACAUCAAAGCCAUGGGCGACGAGGAGAGCGCGGAGUCCGACUCCAGCCCCAAGACGUCGCCCACGGCGGCCAUGCGGCCAGAGCCCCUGCUCAAGCCCAUCGGACCGAGGCCACUGGCAGAUCUCCAAACCAGCCCUCCGCCGUUGGGAACAGGGCUGGAAAUGGGAGAGCCCCUCACCCCACCCGCUGGAGCAGCUGUGCGGUUCCCCACCUUCGGGGAACACGUAGAACCCUGGGGCCCCUGGCUGGACCGCAGCUUCCUGUGGCACAAGGCCAUGAGCGAGGCAGAGAUGAACGGGCAGUUCGAGUCGGUGUGUGAAUCUGUCUUCAGUGAAGUCGAGUCCCAGGCCAUGGACGCCCUGGACCUUCCCGGAUGCUUCCGGACGCGCAGCCACAGUUACCUCCGAGCCAUCCAAGCUGGUUACUCCCAGGACGACGAAUGUAUUCCCGUGAUGACGCCCUCCAACACCACCCCAACUGUCAGGUCCACAGCAGCCGUGUCGUACGCGAAUUACAAGAAGACCCCGCCGCCCGUGCCCCCGCGCACUACGUCCAAGCCCCUGAUCUCGGUGACGGCGCAGAGUAGCACGGAGUCCACCCAGGACGCCUACCAGGACAGCCGCGCCCAGAGGGCGUCCCCGUGGCCCCAGGAUGGCCGCGGCCUCUACAACUCCACGGACAGUCUGGACAGCAACAAGGCCAUGAGCCUCGCCCUGGAGACGGCCGCGGCCCAGCGCCUCGCUGCCGAGGGCCAGAGCGGCUCCACGCGGACCAGCGACAAGGCCGUCCUGGUGUCCAAGGCGGAGGACUUCCUCAAGAGCCGGCGCUCCUCCAUCGGGAUCCAGGAUUCUGAAUUCCCAGAACAUCAGCCAUACCCAAGGUCAGAUGUGGAAACAGCCACAGAUUCGGACACGGAGAGCCGAGGCCUGCGGGAAUACCACUCUGUCGGUGUCCAGGUGGAAGAUGAGAAGAGACAUGGACGUUUUAAGCGCUCGAACAGCGUGACAGCCGCCGUCCAAGCAGACUUGGAGCUGGAGGGCUUCCCGGGACGCGUCACCAUGGAGGACAAGGGCCUGCAGUUUGGUCCCGCCUUCCAGCGGCACUCGGAGCCCAGCACGCCCACCCAGUACGGGGCGGUCAGGACUGUCCGGACCCAGGGGGUCUUUAGUUACAGAGAGGACUACAGGGCGCCCGUGGACACUGCCACCCUGCCCCCUCCCGAGCCCUGGCUGGAGCCGUGCGUCGAGACGGCAGACACCGGGAGGAUGUCUCCGUGCCGCAGGGACGGCUCGUGGUUUGUGAAGCUGCUACACACGGAGACCAAGAGGAUGGAAGGCUGGUGUAAGGACAUGGAGAGAGAGGCAGAGGAGAAUGACCUCUCGGAGGAAAUUCUCGGGAAGAUCCGGAGUGCCGUGGGGAGUGCACAGCUUCUGAUGUCCCAGAAAUUCCAGCAGUUCUAUUGGCUGUGCCAACAGAACAUGGACCCCAGCGCCAUGCCGAGACCCACGUCCCAGGACCUGGCGGGCUACUGGGACAUGCUGCAGCUCUCCGUCGAGGACGUCAGCAUGAAGUUCGACGAGCUGCACCAGCUGAAGCUCAAAGACUGGAAGAUAAUAGAGUCUCCGGAGAGAAAGGAAGAAAGAAAGGUCCCCCCUCCAAUACCAAAGAAGCCCCCCAGAGGGAAAUUUCCUGUCACGAGAGAAAAGUCCCUGGACCUGCCGGACAGACAGCGUCAAGAAGCCCGGAGGCGGCUCAUGGCUGCCAAGCGGGCCGCCUCCUUCCGCCAGAAUUCGGCCUCGGAGCGCGCAGACAGCAUAGAGAUCUACAUCCCGGAGGCCCAGACGCGGCUCUAGGGGCACCUUUGCCCUCUUUUCUUUUUAACAAGAUGCGUGUACAGUUUCUCACCCACCCGCUAAUUUUAGUCUCAUUUCUCCACCGAAUACACCCUGUUGUGUUCUCUGUGCCAUAGACACACCGGAAUGCGUUCAUUUCUGCUGUGCGCUGAGCCCCGGCCAGAGCUCCUCCUCCCUCCUCCCCC